UUUCUCGGAAUGAUCUAAGCUAGAGGAUGUAUGGCCUCUUCUGGGGACGACAGCUAUUCGAGGUACUACGAUUACAAAUGCGCCUCAGCCUAACCCCAAUUCACAAUCAACUUCUGCUAUCAAAGAAAUAUGUCGUGGCUUCGUCGCGAUUGCGCCAUCACAAUCACUGUAUACAAGAAAAUAAGCGCUAGUUAUUGUCCAUCGUAGCUAACCUCUGGUCACGAACGGCACUGUCUCCUCCAAGACAUACUCUCGCCAACAGUCUUCUCACAGCAAACCACUACAGCCAUGGUGACCGAAAUCAGCGCGCAGUCCGAAUUCCAAACGCUUCUUAACGACCACACCUACCUCGUUGCCGAUUUCUUCGCAACCUGGUGCCCGCCCUGCAAAGCUAUCGCGCCGCUCUACGAGCAGCUUUCCAAAGCCAACUCCGCACCUGGCAAGGUCACCUUCACCAAGAUCAAUAUCGACGAAGUACCAGAACUUACGGCGCAAUUUCAGAUCUCGGCCAUCCCAACGUUUCUAAUUUUCAAGAAUGGGAAGCAGAUUGAAGAGAUCAGGAGUGCAAAUGCGCCGGCGUUGAAGAAGAACGUGGAGAACAUUGCAGCCGAGGUGAAGGGUGGAGGUGCACAGGAGCAGGAGGAGGAAAAGAAGAAGCUUGAGUUUGAGGAAGACUUCUAGUGGAAGGCAUUGCAUGCCGGUUGAGUUGAUACCCUUGGAACAUGUCGCGUGCUUCAUGAGGUAGUUCUAAUCUUUAUAGCAAAGACAUGGGAAAGAGCGCCGUGUGUGGAUUCGCAUUGAUGAUCAUCACGUGCAC